GCCAUGACUCACUACUAUGAACUUUACCGUAGAAGCAGCAUUGGAAUGGCUUUAACUGAUUCGCUUGAUGAGUUGAUUCAAACAAGCCAUAUUGAUCCACAAUUGGCGAUGAAGGUUCUUCUACAAUUUGAUAAAAGCAUUACUGAAGCUUUAGAGACGAAAGUUAGAACAAAAGCAACAUUUAAGAAUCCAAAUUUCAAAUUAGAAAAUGAACAAGUUCAUGUUGAUAAAAUCAAAAUUGUAGCAUGUAAUGCAAAAAAGCCUGGGGAAGCUGAGCCAACAAAAAAACUAAGACUUGCUGCAAACUUUUAUUUGCGUGAUUUUUUUGACAUUGCUUAUUUUUUCCACUCUUUUAUUGCAAAUGGUUUAUACCAUCUAAAAAAGCAACUAUGA